GAGAAAUGCAGCCACACCAUAAGUAGCUGUCAAAUUGGAAACUUGACAGGGACAACAAAAAUUUUUCUUGGGUGAUUUUGCCAAUUUACUAAAAUUAAAGCCAUGAAUAGAAAUGGAAGAGCCAAGACACCCCCGUAUUAUUUUCAAGAACCGAAUGAAUUCUUUGAUUCAGAGGAUAAUGUGAGUUCUGGGUCAUCACAAGCCCAAAAAGGUAAUUUCUGUGCCGUCGAGGAAAACCUUAAGGCGCUUCAUGAAGAUGCGGACUCUAUUUCCCAAACGGAUUCCGAUGAUUCAAGGGAUGAGAUACGAAAGGAAUUUCUGAACUUAGAGGAUAAACAGAUGGAACAAGAGGCCAAAGAGCCGAAAGGGGAAUCCAACCACAUGAGGAUGAACAAAUGGUAUUUGAAAGAAUUUGAGGAGCACAUGGGCCUCGAAAUCGGAGUAUCCGACGAUUCAGAAGAUACGGAUGACAGUAAAAGUGAUAAGUCCAACAGCUCAGAGUCCGAUAAAAACAGCGAUUCGGAUAAUUCCAGCUCUGAUGAUUCCGGUUGGCUCGAAAGCAUAAAGAGUAUUAAUCUAUAUUCGUUGGAUAAAAGAUCUGAAGAUUCCAAGGCACAGCCCGAAGAACAAUCCUUUUCAAUGCCAGUUUUUCACGGUCCCAUGCCCUCAAUGCCCAUAUAUGAUGAGGAAACCAAUGAUUUCGAAAUGGUGCAGACUCCAAAACUCCCUGAAUUGAUUGAAGAAGAAAUAGAAAUAGCAAAGCCCAAUGAGUUGAAUGAAACCCCAUCGAAUUUGGAUAGUAUAAGUUUGGACCUCAUGGAGGAGCUGGAAAACAUUUCCGAUAGCGACUCCAGCUCGAGUGUUCAUUUUUUUGAAAACGAUCCAGAGGUCGAAGAUGCACUGGCACAUUUGGAUGACCCACCUCAAAGUAAACUAACCUACUGGGAGGAGAUGUCCGCGCUCCCAGUCGACACAGGUGAAAUUUCCCAGGAAGAACUCAUUGCUAUUUUAAACGAGGAGGAAAACCAGAGGAGUGCAUCCAAUCCCCUGAAUUCCCCAGAACAUCGAAGUGAUUCUGAGCUAGAGGACUUAACCAGAGAUCAGACGCACGAUGGUUUGGAUUUUUACGAAGAUAUUGCUCAGUUUCCAGGGAGCAGGGAGAACUACAGUGUGCUGGUCAUCAAGGGGGAAUCGGUGUUCGUGGACUAUCAGCAGGCCGUCAAGAGACUUGAGAGACUGGUGAAAUCCGCUCCUAGCCAUCUGAAAUAUGAGAUAUACCUCUUGAUAUAUCCCCUGAUGGUCCUGACCUACCUGCAAAUGGUGGUCAGUGACAAGGUUCAGAGGGCCAGGGCGUUUCUCGUUCUGUAUCAGGAUGAGUUUGAUGAUUCCUAUACAUCAAGACUGGUGAAACUUAGGGAUAUUUGCAAGCCUGAAGAAGUUCCGAAUAGGGCCAGAAAACUGCUGGCUGGCCACGAGAAAAUUAAGAUGCAAAUGUCGAAGAGCGCCUAUCGUAAGCUUAUUUUUGCCACGCAGGAAUGGCCCAGAGGUCAGCAGGAAAAACUGCUCACCCAUUUCCAGAUUCAAAGCUAUGCCGAUGAGGAAAAGCCCCAGCAGCGUUUUGCGCUGGGUAAACCUCCAUUGGAACCAAUUUUCUAUGGCGCCCCGGAGCCCUUGCAUAAGAAAGAUUUCAAAGUUCGUCCGUUCCUUCAGAAACGUCGCAGGAAGAAGAACGAGCCGCCGCCCCAUAAGAAUCUUCACUUGCCACCGGGUGAUAGGAUCUACACGCCCAACAUCAAGCGAAUGGAUUUGCUGCGCAGGAAGAACGAUGAGCAGUACCGAAUGAGACUGGAUCGGGAUAACCUGCCCUCGGCCUAUCUCUAUACAGCUUCUCCUUGCGAUGAGGUGGUGCUGUGUGCCCACUUCUCGGAGAGCAUCAGCAUGUUGGCUCUGGGAACUGCCGCCUCGGCCAUUCAUAUUUUCUCUCUAAAACCCUCGAAAUUGGUUCAGCUAAAACCGGCAAGCUGGCUGAAGGUCCUGGACACCGGAAUGGCUGGUGUGGACAAGGGAAUGCUGGAUCCCACCAACAAACGUACAAGGCGCACUCUUCGCGGUCAUCAAGGACCUGUUUACGGCUGCUCCUUCAACCCGGAGGAUCGCUUUUUGCUCAGUUGUUCGGAGGACUUCACCGUUCGCUUGUGGUGUCUGCUAUCCUGGAGCUGUGUGGUCAUAUAUCCUGGGCAUUUGUCACCAGUUUGCUGUGUGGUCUAUGCACCGAUGGGCUAUUAUUUCGCCACCGCCUCGGAUGAUUGUACGGCCAGAAUUUGGGUGCAGGAUAACAGGAAACCAGCUCGAAUUCUCGUUGGACAUUUGGCCGAGCUGGCGGUGUGCAUUUUCCAUCCAAAUCGUCACUACUUGGCCACUGGAUCUGGCGAUACCACAGUGAGAAUUUGGGAUGUGGUUAAGGCUGUCCAGGUGCGACUUUUCAGGGGUCACAAAGGCAGAAUAACCGCCUUGACCUACUCCAUCUGCGGGCGUUACUUGGUUUCUGGCGGGGAUGACAGCCUCAUCAUGGUGUGGGAUACAGCCAACGAGGUUUUGAUCCGCUAUCUGGAGCAUCACACGGCUUCUAUUAACACCAUGGAGAUCGCCUUGGAUAACAACCUGUUGGUGGUGGGUGGACAGGAUUGUCAGAUGACCUACUGGGACUUUGAGAAGCUGAUAAAGGAGUAUCUGAAUAGGAAUAGGACUGCAAGAAAACAAAAUCAGGAAGAAAAACAAACAACGAAUGUAGGGGAUUUGCUGCUAGGCUGCUUUCCCAGCCAGAACACUCCGUUUUAUAUGGUACACUUCAGUCGUCGCAAUCUUCUACUGGGCUUUUGUGUGACUCCCCAGGCUCCAAAAAAUAAUAUCCUCGAUAAUAAAUCUAAUGAGGUAAAGGAGAAAGGUGAUGAACUCGCCGAUUGGCUGCAUUUGCUGGACACGUUGAAGUUGAAGGCUUGCUGUGAUCUCAAAGAUGAAUUGCUCCUGAAUAUUGAACAGGUGGAAUAACCAAAUAAAAAUCAAAAUUCAAAUAAAUAAAUAUAUGAGUUGUUUAAAUCAA